AUGGUGGUGGGGUUCCGGCGGUCGAUCUCGUUCCAAACGGAAGCGAGAAGCCAGCAGCAGCAGCAGCGGGCGCGGUCGUCGUACCGCGCGCGGUCGGCGAGCCUGCCGUCGCGGUUCCACCCGCUGGUCUCCGACCUCGGCGACGCCUGCCGCUGCCUGCGCUGCUGGGCGGAGGGCGAGGGGCGGCCGGCUGCUCGAACUCCGAGCCCCGCGUGGCUCGCCGAGGGGGUGGCGCUCCUCGCCCUCCUCCUCUCCUCGCUCUCGCAGCUCCUCCGCCACCCGCUCGCCCGCGACCCGCUCCGCCGCUCCCCGCUCCUCCUCCCCCUCCUCGACUCCUUCCUCCGCCUCGCCGACGCCCACGCCCUCCUCCGCUCCUCCCUCCUCUCCCUCCCCGCCCUCCUCUCCCGCGCCCGCUCCGCCCUCCUCCGCCGCGACCCCGCCCGCCUCUCCUCCGCCCUCCGCUCCCUCCGCCGCUCCCUGGGGGAGGGAGGGGGAGGGGGAGGGGGGGUCCCCGCCUUCGCCGAGUUCUCCUUGGCGGAGCUCAGGGCGGCGACGAACGGGUUCAGCGCCGAGAACAUCGUCUCCGAGAGCGGGGAGAAGGCGCCCAAUGUCGUCUACAAGGGGCGGCUCCAGAAUCGCCGAUGGAUCGCCGUGAAGAAGUUCACCAAGCUGGCCUGGCCCGAGCCGAAGCAGUUCGCUGAGGAGGCGUGGGGAGUGGGGAAGCUGAGGCACCGGAGAUUGGCGAACUUGAUCGGAUACUGCUGCGAUGGGGAUGAGAGGCUUCUCGUCGCCGAGUACAUGCCCAACGACACACUCGCCAAGCAUCUCUUCCACUGGGAAAAUCAAACGAUUGAAUGGGCUAUGCGUUUAAGAGUUGCAUACUAUAUUGCUGAAGCACUGGAGUACUGUGGUAAUGAGGGACGACCUUUAUAUCAUGACCUAAAUGCAUAUAGAGUUCUCUUUGAUGAGGAUGGUGAUCCUCGACUUUCAUGUUUCGGUCUUAUGAAGAACAGUAGAGAUGGAAAAAGUUAUAGCACAAAUCUAGCUUACACACCUCCAGAAUACCUGCGAAAUGGCAGGGUAACUCCAGAAAGUGUGAUAUUCAGCUUUGGCACUGUACUCUUGGAUCUUCUUAGUGGAAAGCGCAUCCCUCCUAGUCAUGCCCUUGAUAUGAUACGAAAUAAACACAUGCUAACAUUAAUGGAUUCACAUCUGGAGGGGAAUUUCUCAACAGAAGAGGCUACUGCUCUUGUAGAUCUUGCUUCUCAGUGCUUGCAAUAUGAACCCAGGGAUCGUCCCAACACAAAGAAGCUGGUUUCCAUACUAGCACCUUUACAGACUAAAUCAGAGGUGCCAUCAUAUGUGAUGCUCGGGAUACCAAAGCAUGAGGAAGCUCCUCCUACUCCUCAGCAUCCUCUGUCUCCUCUCGGAGAAGCCUGUUCCAGAAUGGACCUUACUGCCAUCCAUCAGAUUCUAAUAAUGACGCACUACAAAGACGACGAAGGAACCAAUGAGUUAUCAUUCCAAGAGUGGACACAGCAAAUGAGGGAUAUGCUGGACGCCAGGAAAAGAGGGGACUUCGCUUUCCGUGAUAAAGAUUUCAAGAUUGCUAUUGAGUGUUACACUCAGUUCAUUGACGUGGGAACGAUGGUCUCGCCGACAGUAUAUGCGAGGAGGAGCCUCUGCCACCUUAUGUGCGACCAACCCGACGCUGCUCUCCGAGAUGCAAUGCAAGCGCAGUGUGUAUACCCGGACUGGCCGACGGCUUUCUACAUGCAGGCGGUUGCCCUUGCCAAGCUGAAUAUGAACGACGAUGCAGCGGACAUGUUGAAUGAGGCUGCAGGUUUAGAAGAGAAGCAGCAAAAAAGCGCCAAAGGCCCUUAAGAUGCAAGCAAUUCCCAAAAUUUGCCUCUCUUCGUGGACGAGCGAGAGGUUUAACUUGGAUGUGUUAUAUUCGCUGGUUAGGGAGCCUCUCGGGAAAGUUGUAUCAUAGAGAAAGCGCUUUUGUUAUUUGAAUGCAUUUGGUUUCCGAUUUAUUGGGUGUAUUUUUGUUUUUUUUUCUUUAAGCUUCGUGUACAUGAACAUACAAGUAAAGUCGAUAGGAAUCUUCAAGUGGAUUACUCUUUUUGAGUAUUUCUUUGGUC